AUGGACUCAGACCCAGGAAAGCUUUUUAUUGGAGGUAUCUCAUGGGACACGACGGAGGAUAGGCUGAACGAGUACUUCCAGACGUACGGAGAGGUUAAAGAGGCGGUGAUCAUGAAGGAUCGGAUGACGGGCAAAUCUCGCGGUUUUGGUUUCGUCGUAUUUACCGACCCUGAAGUGGCGGAUCGCGUGCUUAACGAGAAGCAUACUAUCGAUGGCAGACAGGUGGAAGCUAAAAAAGCUGUUCCGCGAGACGAGCAGAAUCCGCCUAAACAGCCUGAUGCAUCUCAAGGCAACACGUCAGGAGAACAAGCAGCAGGAGGAGGCGACGGUGGUGACGGUGAGCAGCCUUCCCAGUCUCAGCCUUCCCAGUCGACAAAGAAGAUCUUUGUCGGCGGGCUCGCGUCUACCGUCACGGAGGACGAUUUCCGUCAGUAUUUCGAGCAGUUCGGCACGAUCACGGACGUCGUCGUGAUGUACGACCACAACACGCAGCGGCCGCGCGGCUUCGGCUUUAUCACGUUCGAUUCGGAGGAAGCGGUUGAGCGCGUGUUGGAGAAAACUUUUCACGAGCUCAAGGAGAAAAAGGUCGAGGUCAAGCGGGCCGUUCCCAAGGACAGCGCCGGCGGCGGUCGCGGCGGAUAUCGCGGCGGCUAUGGCGCAAGGGGAGGGUACGGAUAUGGCGGGUACGGCGGCGGUGGGGGUUACGGCGGCGGCGGCGGCGGGUACGGUUCUCGCGGCGAUUCGCGGUACUCCGGCGGUUAUGGAGGCGGCGGUCGCGGGUAUGGUGGGUACGGUGGCGGCUAUGGGGCUUACGGCGGUCAGUACGGCGCUGGGAUGAACGGGGGCGGGUAUGGCGGAGGGUACGGGUGGGGCGGCUACGGCGGAAGCGCUGGUGGUUACGAGGGAGGGUACGGCGGAGGUUAUGGCGGAAGCUCGGGUUACGCCGGAUCUCCAGGCGGGUCCGGCUAUGGUGCAGGUGGCCGAUCCCAAUGGCCCGCUGGGGAGGCAGCUGGGCCGGAUCUCAAGGUGCUUCAGGCGCCGCUGGCCAGGGCUACGGGUACGGAUAUGGAGGGGCGGAAGGGUAUGGCGCGGGGGCUGGCAGUGCAUCGAAGCGGCGGAGGUUUGACACAGACUAUGCACGGCGCGACUGGGGCUACUGGCAACAGUGAUGUACCGGAUAUGGUAGCUCGGGCGGAUGCUCUAUGUACUCGUAAGAAGGAGGUAGGACGAGCAGCUAGGAAGGGCAGCGUGAAGCUUAUCAGCCAUUGCAGAUCCAGCUAG